ACAAAAGUCCGUUGAUGAUAGAAAAGUGAUGCAUAUGAAUAGUAAAGUAUCACAAUAGUCCGGUAAAUAAAAGGAAAAGUCCGCUAAAUUAAGCGAAACGUGCGCUAAGAGGUAGGACGUGGAUAGAUAAUAUUACUUUUCGUUAAAUUUGAUAAUAUUUUGUCCGAGUAAUAAAGUCCCUUUAUUCUCCAGCGGACUUUUGCUAAAGCGGACAUUUUCUGGAUCUAUGCCAGCCCUCAUACGUUCCAGAUAGAAUCAUCUCAGUAUUUCAGAAAUGCUUCUCUCCAAAAAGAACUCUUUCCAGGAAUCUCAAAGGAUUCUCAUAAGAAUCGUUACCAAGUUCUUUUUUUGUUGCCUAUGAAACUAGGAGAACCUUUCGCUUUUUUAGAGCAUGUUAGAGAAAGACAUUCUCGAAAGUUUUAUCAAGUUCUCUUCGAAGAAGAAUUUGUUAUUCAUAGAUAACGACGAUAACGAUUCUUUUUCUCGUUCAUUGUAGUUAUCCCCGAUAUUCCAGCCGAUGCCCGAUGGGCACAGAAUGGUGUGACCGUUGCUGGAGGCCAUGGAGAAGGCAGUGCCACAAAUCAAUUCUACUGGCCUCAUGGUCUCUUCGUUGAUGAUGAUCAAACGAUUGUCAUCGCUGACCGGUGGAAUAAUCGUAUCAUUCAAUGGAAGAAGGGUGAUGCGAAUGGACAAGUCGUAGCUGGUGGCAAUGGCGAAGGAGAUCGAUUGGAUCAAUUGAAUCGACCAACCGAUAUGCUGAUCGACAAAGAGACUAAUAGUCUCAUUAUCUGCAAUCCUGGACGAGUCGUGCGAUGGUCUCGUCACAGUGGCACAACUCAAGGAGAAAUCCUCAUCGACAACAUCGAUCCUUUUGGAUUGGCCAUGGAUGAUCAGAGAUAUCUCUACAUCUCUGACUACAAGAAACAUGAAGUAAGACGAUAUCAAAUAGGAGACAAGAAUGGAACUCUCGUGGCUGGUGGCAAUGGCGAAGGUGAUGGUCUCAAUCAACUCAACGAGCCGAAAUACCUCUUUGUCGAUCAACAACAGACUGUCUACGUGUCAGACAACAACAAUCAUCGUGUGAUGAAAUGGAAUAAAGGUGCAAAAGAAGGAAUUGUCGUCGCUGGAGGUCACAGCGAAGGGAAUGCUCUGACACAAUUGUCGCAUCCUGCAGGACUAUUCGUCGACACGUUGGGUACCAUCUAUGUGGCAGACUCGUGGAAUAAUCGAGUGAUGCUUUGGCCUAAAGAAGCGACACAAGGCACUGUCAUUGUUGGUGGAAAUGGCUGCGGAGAAGGCGCAAAUCAGUUCUACUAUCCUCAUGGUUUGUCCUUCGAUCGACAAUACAAUCUGUACGUCGUCGAUUGUUAUAGUAAUCGUGUUCAACGAUUUUCAAUCGAAUAA